AUGUAUAUAUUUAUUUUUUUCGCCUUGGCUUAUGCAUAAAUCGAGUGUAACAAGGAUGAUUUGGUAACUACAUGUUCAUUGAAUUCAUUCGCAGCAUACAUGGUAACCUAUGAGAAAAAGACAUCUGAUACAAUGUUCCUAUUCAUUGGUUCAAAACCUGGUUAAAGGUAUUUUGCCAUAUUAUCUAGUGCUCUAUUCUUUGAUCAAUUAGGAGUGGGGCCAAAUUCAACCUAUGAAAAGUGGACGGAUCUAGGCCAUUUAAUGUUUUUGGAUAUUUAAGGAGCAGGUUACACAAUAAUCACUAAAACUCCAAAAUCAAUUGCUGAAUAUACGUAAUAGUAUGUGAAUGCUUUUAAUACUUUUAAAGAAGAAUUAGACUAUAAAUUCACUCGUUUGUAUAUUGUCACAAGCGGGAUAGGUUCAAAGGUGGCUCUGGAACUUGCUUUGUAGUUAUAAGCAUAUGGAACGAUUUUGUUUUCUCCAUUAUUAAAUCUUUUAGAGAACAUGCGACAAUUGCCAACAACAGCUUAUCAUAUGGGUUUGAUUGACUUUUAGGAGAGACAAUCCCUAGAACUUUAGAUUAUUAGUUUGAGUCAACCAAAAUAUAGCGAUUAUCAAAUUUUAGUUAACAAAGUUUCCAAGAUGAGUGGAGAUAUGCAAGUAUCAGAUUUCAGAAAAUAUGAGAUGUAUUUCAAUUCUUAAUAUUGUGUAGGGAUAACUCCACAAUACUUUUGACUGACAUAAUGAACACUCAAGAAGUCAGAGACAAAUAUCAUGCAAAACAACAAUUUUUUAAGACAUUUAAUAUUGAUGUCUUUAACAAUAUGACUGAUUCCUUAUCGUAAAACAUUGAUUUGGAUAAAUAUUUGAAAUGUAAUAGUUAGAACAACACUAUUUAGUAACCAAAAUAAUAUGCUUGAUUCCACAAUUCUCCUUAAGUACAAACACACAAGGAACCUUAAGUUAUCUUUUGUAAUUCAAACAAUUUAAUGAAGAACCCUUUGUAUAAUAUGUUAAUGAACAUAAAUAUGCAAUUUAUGUAAAUAUUGGAACCAUUUACAUAAUCUAUAACAGUGGUGACAAAAUCUAUCAGGAUCAGUAAGAGAUAGUUAAAAACAUAAUAAAAAAAUUAUGA